AUGUCCAGAGUGCCCCCCCCCCCCCCACAUCGGAUGACCAGAGCGCCCCCCCCCCCACAUCGGAUGUCCAGAGCGCCCCCCCCCCCCCACAUUGGAUGUCCAGAGCGCCCCCCCCCCCCCCCACAUCGGAUGUCCAGACCCCCCCCCCCCACAUCGGAUGUCCAGAGUGCCCCCCCCCCCACAUCGGAUGUCCAGAGUGCCCCCCCCCCCCCCACAUCGGAUGUCCAGACCCCCCCCCCCACAUCGGAUGUCCAGAGUCCAGAGCGCCCCCCCCCCCCACAUCGGAUGUCCAGAGCGCCCCCCCCCCCCCACAUCGGAUGUCCAGAGCGCCCCCCCCCCACAUCGGAUGUCCAGAGUGCGCCCCCCCCCCCACAUCGGAUGUCCAGAGCGCCCCCCCCCCCCCCCCCCCACAUCGGAUGUCCAGAGCGCCCCCCCCCCCACAUCGGAUGUCCAGAGCGCCCCCCCCCCCCCCACAUCGGAUGUCCAGAGCGCCCCCCCCCCCCCCACAUCGGAUGUCCAGAGCGCCCCCCCCCACAUCGAAUGUCCAGAGCGCCCCCCCCCCCACAUCGGAUGUCCAGAGCGCCCCCCCCCCCCCACAUCGGAUGUCCAGAGCGCCCCCCCCCCCCCACAUCGGAUGUCCAGAGCGCCCCCCCCCCCACAUUGGAUGUCCAGAGCGCCCCCCCCCCCCCACAUCGAAUGUCCAGAGCGCCCCCCCCCCCACAUCAGAUGUCCAGAGCGCCCCCCCCCACAUCGGAUGUCCAGAGCGCCCCCCCCCCCCACAUUGAUGUCCAGAGCGCCCCCCCCCCCACAUUGAUGUCCAGAGCGCCCCCCCCCCCCCACACAUGA